GGUCGCAGUGGAGAAUUCACGGGGAAAUUUAGCCGCUGCCUGGGGGAGUUUCCAUGGCAGCGGAGGCGGAGUAACACUGAAGGGUUUGGUUUGCAAGUGAGGGCUCGUGGUCUCGAUCGGUACCAGUAGGCUGUGGAAAGUGUUUGUACAGCAGUACACGUAGUGUCAUAAACGUCGUGUGGACUAAACUAAGAGCUUUGCUCCUGUUAUUUUCUCUACAACAACAAAGAACUAUGACGUUUCUGGAGCUGAGGGACUCCAACAGUCGCUUCAGGUUUUCUCAGUCCUGUCUGGGGUUGUCCGGUUGCCUGUGUGUCUGCUACGCAGUCUGGACACCCUUCUGGCUGAAGGACAGGGGACUCUGGACAGAGUGGAAUAACACUAAAAGUGACCAGACGAACACUAAAGAUGGCAUUUUCUUCAACGUGCUGGAAGCAGACAGAGUCUUCGGAGUGCUGUCCUUCCUCAUGGCCGUGAGCACCGGUGUGUUGUGCCUGGUGUUCGCCCUCUGCUGGAGAUCUGAGACGGUGCACUCCUACUCCAACACGCGCUCCCUCCUCAUGGCAGGACAAGCCCUCUACCCCUCAACGCUCCUGUUGCUCACCAUGGGCUCCACGGGAUUCUUUUUCCUCCUCAGCUGGUCUCUUUUUACCUAUCAGCACCGGGAAGAAAUCCGUCAAGACUUUUCCAGCCUGGGCUCCUCCUAUUGGCUAGGAGCUUUAGGUUGGGUCCUGCUGUUGGUCCUGGAGAUGAUCGUCUUUGUAGCCGAGCAAGCUGUUGUGCCUGACAUCCUGCCGGACUUGGAGAGGGCCAUGGAGUCGUGUCGGAUUUCCCAUCAAAAGAAGGCCCCAAACCGCUCCUUCAGCAAUGGCUAUUACCCUUGUAACAGCAAAAGAAACAUGGCUCACAAGAGCCUCGGUUCGAGUGCAUAAGCAAGGACAUGACCGGGGAAAACACAUAAGAGCCCACAGACUCAAUGAGAAACCAGCAAUUAUUCACUGCUUCAUAGCUCGGUGCUGUACAAGCAGAGUGAAUACAGAUGAACUGUGAACAGAGUUUUUGCCAGAGGAAUUAAGUCUGAAUCCUGGAAAUACUUUGGACUGAAGCAUCCAGUAUCCCAAAGACCUGAUGCUCAAUGUCCAGGUUGUCAUCAGUACGAAGUGACUUAAAAGAUAAAAGACUAAACAUUUCAGUGGUUGCUGUAAUAUAGUGGUUGAAUGUUAAAACAGCGCCGUAUUGUGUGUGUGUGACACUAUUGAUGGACCUCAACAAAAGAAAAGUACGUUUUUUUUUCCAUGUAUAUGGACGUUGACAUUAUU